GGGUGACUAGUAAAACAAACUCAUCUCUGAAAAAUGUCUAUAAUAAGCUUCUAAUGCUUUCAAAAAAACAUCAAUCCACUGUGUUUGUGUCUUCAACACAAAUCCAAAAAAUGGAUAACAAACCAAUGUUCCUUCUUCUCCUCUUCACCCUUUCCAUAGCUACUCCUUCUGCUUCUUCAAUAUCAUGUCCUAUGGAUCUUAGCUAUGUUGAGACCUUCCCAUGGGACACAUCAUCCUGCAGAGACCCAAUUGACACACAACACUGUUGUCAAACUCUUCUUAGUCUCUUUGGCAUAGGACUUGCAAAACACUUGAAAGAAACUUCACUCUUUCAACUUCCUAAUAAAAACACUUUAAAAUCUUGCUUACAAGAUUUCAAACUCAAACUUUCAUGCUUAAAGAUCCAACCUUCGUUAGUCCCUUCUUGUUUCCACAACUCAACUCAAUUUAUCAACAACUCAAGCUGCGCAGGUAUCACAAACAUCAAAGAUUGGAAGCAAAAAGUUGGUAGAAUUAGCCCUUUAGACACUUCUUGUAAAGGUGAUUUGAAAUCGGACACCAGUUGCAGCAUGUGCACUGAUGCUGGUUUCAAAGUCACUUCUCAGCUUACAAGUAUUGAUCCAAAAAAUGCAACUAAGUGCUUUUUCUUUUCAGUUUUAUAUGCUAUUGGUAUUGUGAAUCAUUUUGGUCCUACAGAUCCUGCUGCAGCUAGUUGUAUACUUGGUAUCCCACUUAGAAGAUGAGAAAUAAAAUCUUUGGGAGUAUGGUUAGUUGGUAGAGGCAUUGAAACAUACAGGAGUUGGAGUUCGAACCUAAAUUUUUUUACCUAUUUAUUGUAAGUUGUGAAAUUCUAGUCAAUGGUUAUUUGACUAAAAAAAAAACUAAAUAAAUGAUGGUGUCCCAUUCUUACUC